AAAAGGGAAAAAGGGAGGGAAAGAAGAGUCUAAACUCGCCAAUUGUCUUACUCACUAACCAAUAACCAUUGUGUGAUAGGCUGAGAGUCAACGGGCCUUGAGGAGAUAUUUUACUAACGAGAUGCGAAUUGAUCAUGAACACAACCGCCCGAGCGAUAGCUAACUGAUCGACCGGAUUAGGUCUGGCUUUUGCAUUUGCGGAGCUAGCCACGACAUGACCAAAACUCCAACCACAGAUCCCUUGUCUCCCUCAUGUGGCACCCCAUGAGACCACCUAUCUCGCAAAGGGAAGUGUGUAGUAGUACUGUCCAUGCAUGUUUCUCUCUUUAGCUAGGCUAGUGUUUCCCGGUGGCAAUUAAGGCCGUUAAGCCUGGCCCCAACCCCCAAAACGAACAGGAGACACCAAGCCUAAACCAAGAAAAGACCAAAGCCAAAACCAGGGACAGCUCUCAUCACCAGUUCAUCAUCACCACAUGCACAAAGUGCACGAGCUGGCGAGCGUGCGGUACUACUACUAGUAGCUCAGCUCGCGGCCCGAUCGAUCCAUGUCCAUGAGGAGCAUUCCAUGACCAACCCCUCCUCCCCGUCUUCUCCCUCCUCCUCUCCCACCUCCGCACACCAUCGCCAGUACCAAGAACCGGCGGCGUCGGCGGCCAACGUGGGCAACGGCGGCCAGGUCGACCACGGCAUUUCGUUUCCGGCGGCCGUAGACGACGUCGAGGGCGCCGAGCUGUCGCCCCCGCGCUGCGAAUGGGAGUUCCGGCUCGCGGCCACCGUGCCGUCCCCGUCGCUGGCCGGCGCGUCCGAAGCCAUCGGCAGCGUCGACUUCGACCCCGCCGGCCGCCUCCUCGCCACGGGCGGCAUCGCGCGCAAGGUCCGGAUAUACGGCGUCGCCAGCCUGCCGUCGUCGCCUAGCCCCGCCGCGUGCAUCUGCGUGCCGGCCAAGCUCAGCAGCGUGCGGUGGCGCCCCGAGGAGGGGGGCGGCCGCGCGGUGGGCUGCGGCGACUACGACGGCGUCGUGACGGAGUACGACGUGGAGCGCGGCGUCGCGGCGUGGGAGCGCGACGAGCACUCCGGGAGGCGGGUGUGGGCGCUCGACUACGCGCCCCGAGGCGGUCACACGUCCAUGACGGCGUCCGGCUCGGACGACCGGACGGCGCACGUCUGGGACCCGCGCGCCCCCUCGGGGUCGUGGGCCACGGCGCGGGCCGGCGGCGCGGUGCUGUGCGUGGAGUUCGACCCGUCCGGCGGGCCGCAGCUGGCGGUGGGCUCGGCGGACCGGCGCGCGGCCGUGUACGACGUGCGCGCGCUGGGCCACGGCGCGGUGGCGUCCAUGGACGGGCACGCGCGCGCCGUGACGUACGUGCGGUGGGCGCCGGCGCGGCGGGUGGUGACGUCGGCCGCAGACGGGACGCACCGACUGUGGGAGUGGCCGUCGACGCCGGAGCUAUCGGGGCCGGCGCGGGAGGUGCGGUCGUACAGCGGCCACGUCAGCGGGCGGAGCUUCGUGGGGAUGGGGCUGUGGCGCGGCGCCGGGCUGGUGGCCAGCGGGUCCGAGUCCAACCACGUCUUCGUCUACGACCUCAGGUGGGGCAAGCCUGUCUGGGUGCACCCCUUCGACGUCGCCUCCGACAGCUCCUCCGACGCCGAAGGGUUUGUCAGCGCCGUGACCUGGCUGCAGGGUGAUGCCGACGGCGGCGGGGCGCUCGUCGCCGGCAGGUCGGACGGCGUGCUGAAGAUGUUCACGUGCCAACCACGCCGGGGAGAUGACCACCAGGUGGACGACCUAUAGCGGCCACACUCUCUGCUGCCCAUUCUGAGCCAGUGUGCGUGUGAGAGAGAUUAAUUCUUGCGUUUCAAUUAUGAUUAUUAUACUUGUUUUUCUUUUGUUGCGCACAAAAAAACAAACUUGCUAGAGCACAGGGGAUAUGAUUCUUUCCCUUUUUCUUUUUCUUUAUGUUUUUUUAUUUUGUAACUCGUUCCUGACAAUUUUUAUUUAUGUACUGAUCUAUUUUUCAUGAAAUACAAAUAACUAAAUUUUCAUCGAUUA